AUGGACAAUUCUGAGGAUGAUUCCACUUCAGACGAAGAGUAUGUCCCUCCAGUUAAGUCUUCAAAGCUGGAGGGAUCUUCCGAAGAUGAAUGCAGUGAUGACACAGAAGACGAAAGUUCAGAUGUUUCUGAUGAUGAUAGUUCUGUUGGAAAGUCAAAUAAAAAGGGCCGACGAAAAAGCAGGAAUUCUAAAUGUGUCUCUAAGAUUUCUAAUCCUCCCGAUACUCCUACAGCUGAAGAAUUAAAAGCAAGAGAGGACAAAAUUUGGGAGGAUUUUUUGAAAUCAGAUGGUUCCAGCAAAGCAACUGAUGGGGAGAAAGUUAACGUUGUAAAGAAGUAUCAGUUUGCCGGAGAAGAGGUCGAAGUAACUGAAACCGUAUCGAAGACAGCAAACAUAACCAAAAUUCCACAAAAUCAGAAUAACACUUCAACAAACACACAACCUCCUAAACUCAAGUCUCCAACAUUGGGACCUGGUUUAACUUCUGCUCUUCAAAAUCUCAAAUCUACAGUAAAUAAAUUACCCAGAUUAUCCACUUUAGAGAAAUCGCGACUGGACUGGAAACAGUAUGUACAAAAAGAAUCCCUGGAAGAUGAUCUCAAAGCCCAUAACAAGGGAAAGGAUGGGUAUCUUGAGAAACAAGCAUUUGUCAGCAGAACGAGUGAACGCGAAUAUCAAUAUCGUCAGGAACUGAAAAAACCUGCAUCGAAUCGAAGGCUUUAA